AUGCAACAUCCACAUAUCAGAAAUAUUGCAGUGUUACAACGGAAGCCUGGAAAAGAAGAUGCUUUGAAGCUUUUAAAGGACAUUGCUGAUGCGGUUAGUCUGCUGAUGCGAGAGAAUAAGUUCAAAGUGGGUACUCUGGUAGAGUUUUACCCGAGAGACAGGUCCUUAUUGGGGAUGAAUGUUAACCAUGGACAGAAGAUAAUGCUUAGGUUAAGAGAUCCGCUGGAUGAGUUUCGUUUUUUACCGUGGGAGUCAUUAAUAGGUACAAUGCUUCAUGAGCUGACACAUAAUCUACAUGGUCCACAUGAUCAGAAAUUUUACUCAAAACUAGAUGAACUGUCUGGGAGGCAAUGGUGCAUUCAGCAACUAGGUUUGAAAGAUAAUUUCAUGACCAGCGGUAAUAGAUUGGGAGGACGUGGGUUUAGAGAUGGCCCUACUCCACGCACUACAAAUAGUAGAGGUAAUAAGAUUGAAAAAAUACGAAAUAAAGGUGUUCGAUUGGGGUCGCUUUCUGACAAUCUUAACGGUUCCUUGAAUACAUCAAGAAUGCUAAAACCUGCCCAGAUGGCUGCGAUGGCAGCUACUCGUAGAGCAGAGGCUGAUAAGAAAUGGUGUGUUGAAACAAAUCAAGAGGAAAAGAUACCAGAUGAUAGUUCCUUGGAGAUAAUAGUUUUAGAUGGAGAUGAGAAGGAAGAUAUGGGAAGCACUGGUGACGUUGGCUCUUUUACGGAUAAGUCGAAGAAACAACUUGAACACAAGCAAGCGCUUACUAUAAUUGAGUUGAAUGAUGAUCAGGAUAAUAACGACGUAAGGAAAGUAGAUGAACCUUUUCAGGCCAAAAAGAAAAGUACCUUUGAAGGAGAAGAUGUACUAUUAAUUGAUCUCACAUCCGAUGAGUAA